ACAAUGCUUUUGGCAUCCACAGCACGCGCUUGACUUUCAGUUCUCGUUUGAACAGCUUCGCGUUCGGUUAUCCACGAGGCCCCAGCGCAGCAGUAGAAAAAGUUAACGACCUACCUCCGACAGCUCCGAACCAAAAUCCAAAUCGAUAGACCAACUCACCAAAAACCAAUCACCAACCACCAUGAUCAAAGCGAAAGACUCGACGUGGCUGCUGCUCAUUUGUCUGUUAAUUGGCCAACUAUAUGUGUCUUGUCAUGGAUCACCAUUGAACACGGAUUCAAAUUAUCAGGACGAUGAAUACGAUUAUAAUGUCGACGACGAAGAGGACAGCCAAGCUGUGGAUAUAACAAAAGGCCAAGAGCAGCAACAAGAACCGCCAUAUUUCGAGGAAACGGACCUAAGGAUCGAGGGCAAGCCGAGAGAAGAUGUGAUUCUUAACUGCGAUGCAAGGAACUUCCAAAUUAACAAUGUGGCGAUGUGGUACAAGAACACGACACUCAUCGCCAAUGGCCUGAACCCCGUUAGCCCACGAGUGGAGACCAUGCAGAACAAUUCCUUACUCCUGCGCAAUGUGACGCCGGAGGAUUCAGAUGAUUACUAUUGCGAAAUCCUGCCCCAGAGGGUUCGACAGCACACGGCACUGCGGGUGGGCGCCCGGCUGUCGAUCCUCUGCGACGAUCGCGAUAUCACGGAUCGUUCGCAGACGUUCAGGCAGGGCGACCACCACAAGCUUGAGUGUCGAACAUAUCUGCCCGGCAAUACCACUAUCAAGUGGUCCUUUAAUGAUCUAAGCGGGCAGCCAUACGCCGUCGAUCACCAGAACGGCGUAAUUAUUUUGGACAACGUUGAUGAAACUAAUGCCGGAGACUACCAGUGCCUGGCCGACGAUGGCAGCCGCCAUCCGCCCCAUGGAACGGUUCACAUUGAUGUCCAGUACAGUCCCAUCGUCUCCACCCAUCGGCAUAAUGUGAACACUGAGAAGGGAGCCACCGCCGAGCUGUAUUGCAACUAUCGGGCCAAACCCAUUGGCAGGAGCUACUUUAUCAAGGAUGGCAAGACCCUGCAGCUCUCUGAUAAGUACUUCCUCCAGGAUACGGUCCACAACGGCCACAAUCGCACCACUCUGAUUGUCCGUGAAGUCACGGACAACGACCGGGGCGACUAUCUGUGCCAGGUGGAGAACGCCAUUGGAUCCAACGAAGUGAAGAUUCAUGUCAGCUACAAACCAGAGACCCCGCAGUUCGAGGACAUGUCGAUGGAAGGCAACAAGGUCACUCUGCACUGGCUGGUCAGGAGUAGGCAGCCCCUCUCCGAGGCCAUGUUGGACUACAAACUAACUGGGUCGUUCGCUUGGAGCACUGUUUCCGUGCUGCAGACGCAUCGCCACAACAACACGCAGAACAUCUGGAAGAUCACUCAUCAGCUGGAGCUGAGUCGCGGAGAGUGGCAUGCACGCGUAAAGACGAAGAACACCGAUGGGUGGUCCCACUUCUCCAACGAUCACGACUUCGAGAUCCGUGAUGGUUUCGAGAUUGAGAAAGAUGAAGACUUUGAUCAAGGCAGCCUUCCGGAACUGCCUCCGGAUGAGAUCGUGCAAGCAGGAAUCGGACCCGUGGGCCGAGGAGCUGCGUCAGCACUGCGACAGCUGAAUUUAGGAGCUAUCCUGCUGGCAGCGCUCCUGCUGCGAGUCCGCCAUGAUGUGUGUACAUACUUAUUUCCGGAUUACUCAGCUAUCGAUGGCAUCGGAGCGAUAGCGAACGCACAUAGGAACCGAAACUAAAGUAUUCUAAUUAUACAAAUGCUAAUGCGCGACCGCUAGCUUGGGUCAAUGUUAAUGCUAAUGCUAAAGUACACGCUGGAGCGAUCACAACUGAAACAUUUGUGCCAAGCCAGGGGAAUAUUAAUUGGUAUUCGAGCGAGGAUUAAAGUUAAUUUAGUUUAGUUAAAGUUAAAGCAAAGCCCCACGGAAGGAGUCGUUGAUUAGGACAGAGAAACUGCGAAGAUCGGUUUAAAACCGCACAAGAAAACAAACUUAAGAAACCCUUUGAUUAACCUUAGCUAUAAUAUUUAUUUGUUUUGUCUGUAUGUGAGAGUUGGCUUUUAUAGAGGAGGAACCCGAACCGAAAACGAAUACAAAAGAGGAAAGAUUUUCCCAGUGGGUUUUCCAAAAAAAAAUCCACUAAAAUAAUCAUUUCCCAGCCAAGCGAUGGCUUAGUACGAGGUGUGUUCAAAAAGUAAGGUGACUCUUCAAAUUUCAAAUUUUUCAAAUUUUUCGAUUAUCGAAACCUUUUAGAAGUUAUACGAG